CUGCCUCUCUCGCCUCUCUGAAGCGAGCCGCCAAGUUGAGCUGCAGCACACAAUUCCAGCGGCAACAUUGUGCAGCAUAUGUAUGUGUUUUUAUUUUUGUUUUUGUGUUUGCCGGGAAUCGCGAUCAAACAAGCGGAGUGAGGAACCAACCCCGGACAGUUGUAUCAAAUGGAUAUGCUUCGUUCCUAACAGCAAUGUUUGCAGCGCAAACGCGCGAUGCCUCGCAUUGAUUUUCUGCCCGCUUAUGACACUCCCGGUGGCUACACCAGAAGAUACCGAGGGUCGCUGAUCAUCGUGAAGUACACGUGGCACGAGCUAUGGCUGCUGUUCUUUUCCGUCCUCAACGUCCUGGUCCAAGUCGGCGUCGGCAUCCCGCUGCUUGUCGCCUCUGCAGACAUCACACUCUCGUUGCCGGUCAACGGCACCGACUUCGACCAUCCGUCCGACUACCCGUUCCAGCCGUUCGCCUUUGAUGUCGUCGUGCUCUCCGUCGUGGUGUUUGGUGCCUGGUUUGCCGUGUCUGGCGUUCUGCUUGAGCACGAGUACGAGAUUGUGCUGCACCUGGCCUGCAUGGGCCUGGCCUCCAUGUACGCCACCAUAGAAUACUUCGUAUGCGGCUUUGGACGCGAGGACCGCCUCGUACUGAGCCGGGCAAUGCUGGCGUUGGCUUUGACCAGCGUAUCGGCCGUCCUCGCCGCCAGAUCGGUCCUGCAUCCGACUUGGACCGAAUUCGUGCUCGUCGGCGUCUCGGAGGGAAUGAUCAUCAUGUACAAGAAAUUUUGCAAGUUCCUCAUGCUUCUGAAGCUGGAAUUCGUGGCUAUUGCCAUCUUUGCCAUUUUGAUUCUCAACACUGGCGUCCACAGUUCGCCCAGCAAGUUUGUUUUUGUUGGCGUCAUUCUCUUGUACGGCCUGGUGCUGUGGACCGUCGGAUCUUUGGCGGUUAGGAAAGAGCGCCCCUGGCUCGCCUUCACCUACGUAGCUCUCAGCAUGGUGGCGCCGUUGUUUCUACCCAUCGAGAUGACUGCGCGGUUUCCGCUGGACCAUCAAAUGCAUACUCGAGAUUCUCCACUGGUUCACUGGGGAGCAGGUCUUUUCUGCGUCGUCAUGAGAGUCUACCUUCACAUUGAGCUGUUGCAAGUCUACAAGAACUUUGACCGCGGCCUCAUCGACCAAGCGUUUGUUCGCCUGCUGACUCCCGAAGCUACAGGACUACUCACAGGCAGGCGACACUAAGAAGAUAUUUUUUUGUUAAAUGGUUUGGACACGUCUUUUACAACUGUCGAUUGGCUAGCGGCCAAAUGCUAGUUAGAAACCAUUCUCGCUCGUGUCAAAGGUUGGGCGUUUUGCCCGACGAGCAUUUGUGAUUGCAGAGCUUAUAUAUAUCUAUAUAUGUUUUUCUACUUUACUGUUGCCGAGGGUUCAUAUUUUUUAACACGGUGUCUACUUUAUUAAAUACUAGUAAUACUUAUUUGUAUUGAUUGCCACAACUGAUAGUCAUGAAAUCGUUUGUCGUCCAAUCCAAUUUUCAGCUUUUUCUACUAGCAUUGUUGCUCGCAAAAUAAAUUAUUCCUACAAAGA